GACAGCAGAGUCAAUUGCUUUAAGCCUUUUAACCCCCACCGUCUCACUCUCUUCCUAAAACCCUUAGCCCGGCCUUACCUUCAGUUUCUGCCCCUCCCCCCAGAUCGAGUACUCAAAUCCCUUUUUCUAGUUUCUUCUGCAACGAUGAAGCUCGUCAGGUUUCUGAUGAAACUCAACAACGAGACUGUGUCGAUUGAGCUGAAAAAUGGCACAGUUGUUCACGGCACCAUCACAGGUUAGUUCGCGACCGUAGCAUUGAGAUUGCCCUAAUUUUUUUCGUUCGUAAUUUGAUGUUUCCGCCGCCGGAAAUAUGUUAUGUUUGUCGAAGGUUAUGAUUUUAUUCACUGCUUUAAUUUGUACGUGCGUGAAGUUAAUUCUCCUACAUAAGAUAACUUUUUCUUUUCUUUUUUUCCUCUUUUUGGCUGGUAAUUUUGCCCCUUCUGUUGUGUGUUUGUUCUGUUAUUGUCAUAUCUUACACAAUGUCAGUUUUGGCCUUAUAUUUAUCCUAUAUAUCAUGUUGCUAUGGUGAGAAAUGACCCGCUAGAACGAAGUUCUUAGGAACUCACACCUCUCUGCACACAAUCAAUUGUCCUGCUUGUCUGAGCAAAUUUUAUUUGUUUUUCGCCGCUUUGGUUGUGGGGCUUACAUUAGUGAAACCUAGCUCGUCAAUUUGCUGGCAAUAAAUGCUCUCUUUAGGCUAUACUUUGGGAAAUGUUAGACCUAGACUGCCAAGCUUGUAAGUUCCAUGACUUGUUUUCAACGUGUGUUGUUUUUAUGUUUUGGCCUUGUUGAAUUAUGUUCUGAAACUUUAUUAAUGUUGUUAAUUGUCAUGUAUCUGUACGUAGAAAGCAAACAUUAAAAAAGUGUUUCAGAGCCUGUAAAUCACAAGUGGCAAUGGCUAGGAAAAGAAUACUUUAGGGUGAAUCCUUCGUUUUUGUUUUCGUUUGAAGAGUUUGCAUUCUUGAUGUUCAACAAGAUCCUGUUGUAGCUCAGCUUUGUUUUCAAUCCCUCACUCUUUUUUGUGGUUUUAUAAGAAUGCGUUGAAUCAUUAGAAUUCAAGGCUAGCUAGGAUGUAGAUUGUUCAUAUGUUGAAAUUGAGCACUAGAACUGAGGUAAUAACUUGUUUUGUUCUGAAUUCUGAUCUGUUUAUUCAGUCGAAUUGCUCCAAUACGGCUACAAUGCUGUCUGCUUUAGGGUGAAAUGACCUGCAUGCUUUAUUAAGGGAUGUGGUCCCAUGGUUUUACGUCUGAAUGCUCAAUGUUUUUAACUUUCUGGUUAUCAAUGCCUGCCUUAGCUCUGAUCUGUACAGUAUUAGUAAAAGGUGUCAAAGUACACUAUCUUCUUUCUUAAGUUAUAUAUUUUUAUUUUUUGCAUUUAGAAUACAUGUGAUGUAGUUGUAGAUGGCGCCGUUCUGUUGCUUGAUAAUACAUGGUUGGUUUUAUCUCAGGUGUGGACAUCAGCAUGAAUACACACCUGAAAACUGUGAAGCUCACCAUAAAGGGAAAGAAUCCAGUCACAUUGGAUCAUCUGAGUGUCAGGGGUAAUAAUAUUCGCUACUACAUCCUCCCAGACAGCUUGAAUCUCGAGACCUUGCUGGUGGAAGAAACACCUAGGGUGAAGCCUAAAAAGCCAACCACAGGAAGGCCUUUGGGACGAGGGCGUGGACGUGGCCGUGGCCGUGGCAGGGGCCGAGGACGCUAGAUCAGUACCAGUUUCAAUUUUUGGGACUUCGGUGCGCAAGAGGUGUCAAUUAGGCGUUCCCCAAGUAUAUCUCCUUGCCUCCUACAGUGUAGCACCUCAUACUGUGGUUCUUGUCCAAUGAAAUUAGUCUAGAGCAAAGGCUCUGGAUUAUCUUAAACAUUGGGGCCUUGAACGGGAAAUUGUGAACUGGUGAUAAUCAACUUGUAAUUGCUAGGCAAGAUUGAGCUGAAACCUGUGUACGCAUCCGAGGAAAAUGAAUGAAGUUACUGACAGAGAAGACUACGCUGCUGUUCAUUAGGAAGUAAAGUGGGGGUUGAUUGAUGUAUUAGACAAGUGCUCAAGGGCUAACCCUUAGCGAGAGUUAGGGUAAGUAUAGAUGCUAAUUAAUGAAUUAUUCAGACAAACAGGCGAUUAUUUUGUUGGAGUGGUAGAGUGGAACGAAGAUUAGGAGCAAGUUAUAUUUUUUGGAAAUUUAACGGGGAUUAGAAAUAGUUUUGGCCAAUUUGAGAAUUGGCAUAUCACUUAACAAAUUAAAGAAUGAACUUCAAAAGACUUUGGCAAUAUUGUCAAACAGACAAACACACUCAAUUCUCAAUUGCAACUUUGACC